UUAUUCUUGUCUGCAAUGUCGCUACGAAAGGUUCUUUUUAUGUUCAUCUGCUCUUCAGCCCUCUUCGUGAUGAUCAUGGGUGAGGAGGAGAAAAAGGUUGUGAUAUAUACAAUAUCCAUCCGGGCACUUGGGGAACUGAGGAAUAUUGAAAAUUCCUACGUGGAACACCUGACUAGCUAUGUAAGGGCUCUCCAGAAAAAGGUGGACACUCUACAAAAAUACCUGCUGUCUGUGACCCAUGAGAAUCUGGAUAGUAACAUGAGCCGCGUUCAAUACGUGGCAAAUCCUCUGAAUUCGCUGGCACUGAUGCGACGUGCUCAUGAAGACUGGCCCAAGUGGUUGUCCUACAUCAAAGAUCAGGAAGGUAUCCAGCAAUUGGAUACACUUGCGGCACAAAUGCCCAAUGCCGUGGAUAUGAAUGAAGCCUUGAUGGGUAUGGAGCGUAUAGAGCGUUUCUAUGACUUGAGGGCAUUUGAUAUGGCCAAUGGGCUAGUGGCGGGACGCCAUCUUGAUACCCGCAUGCUCGCACCAGAAUGCCUUAUCCUAGCGGACUUUAUGUACAACCGAUCGGAAUACACCAGAGCCGCUGAAUGGUACAGACUGGCAUGGAAUAACCUUGAGCUACCACUCAAUCCGGUUGCCCGAGAGUUCUAUCGCCCCAAUCCAGAGGAAGUUCGGAAAAGAUUUCUCAUCAGCAGACUGCAUGAGGGCUCCAUCGACCAAAUAAAGGAGUAUCUGGACGAGCUGGAGCAGGAUCCGUCAGUCCCUUUGGUAUAUCUAAAGCCAAAGCGCGCAGCGACUGACAUUGAACGGGGCUGCAGGGGCGAUUUUCCGCCUCCUCCACAGUUGGUCUGUCGCUACAAUCACACCACAACACCAUUCCUGCGCCUGGCUCCCCUCAAGGAGGAGGAAAUCAGUCGGGAUCCACUCAUAUGGCUGUAUCACGAUGUCGUCUACGACAGCGAGAUCGCAGAGCUGACCGCCAACCUCACCAGAGAGGAAAUGUCACAGGGCUACACGGACAACUACACCACGACAGAGAAGGAGCGUAUUUUCCAUGUGAAGACAUUUGAAGGUAGUGGCGAGAAGUUGGACAGAGAUUUGGUGAAUCGCAUGGCGGACAUUUCGGGACUGCUUGCGGGCAAUCACACACAUCUGGCCAGAAUCAACUAUGGCCUGGGUAGCCAUUUCCCGGAGCACGCAGAUUACUCAGACAUUAAGGCCAAUCCGGAACUGGUGGAAGAGGGCGACCGUUUAAUUACGUUUCUGUUUUAUCUGACCGAUGUCCCACUGGGCGGUGCCACCAUAUUUCCGAAAGUAAAUCUCACCAUCCAGCCGAAGAAAGGAUCCGCCUUGUUCUGGUACAACAUUCACAACGACUGGGAGCCACAUCUGCUGACACGGCAUGCAGUGUGUCCCAUGAUCGAAGGCAACCGAUGGAUUUUAACCAAGAGCCUGCUGGCCUACGAUCAGAUGUUUGUCAAACUCUGCUACAAGUAGAGGCCCCCUCUACAAUGGGUAUAAAAUGGCAUUUUAUUUAAAAAUAUCUUAAAGUUUUUACGAGUAUUUAGUUAGUCUAAUACUUUCUUAGAACGGUUAUAAAUACUACUGAGAAUUGUAAGUUAUUUCGUAUGGGAUCUUGGCUUGAUUCCUAUU